UCUUCCUUUUCCGGUUUUAAAUAGAUAUGGGUCUCCCAAAAUAUGAUUUGGCCGUUGGGCUCACCAAAGGCCAUAAAACAACUAAAAUAGAUAAUCCCUCAAAGAAGAGGCAAUCAAGGAGGAGAGGGACUGUCACAAAGAAGACAAGAUUUGUACGUGAUCUUGUAAGGGAGAUAACUGGCUUUGCCCCAUAUGAGAGAAGAAUACAGGAAUUGCUGAGAAUUUCAAAAGACAAAAGAGCACUCAAGUUCUGUAAAAAGAGGUUGGGUAGUCAUGUCCGAGCAAAGAAAAAGCGAGAAGAAAUGCAGGAUAUGCUCCAGAAGAUGAGAAAGGCAGCUCAACAACAGAAAUAAUUGCAUUGUACUGUAUAUAACUUGGUCAUUAAACAUCAUGCCAGUUGA